CCCAUUUCCGAACACACUGAUUGAUUGAUCCGCCGCGUCGGAGCUUCCACCUCCCAACGGUUUAUACGCCGUCAGGUAUCCUCCGACACCAUCGCCGCCGCAUGCUCUCUAGUCUCUAGAAGAGUCCGUUCGGCGGUCUUCGGUUCGGUUAUUCAUUUGCUUCGCCUGGUUUUUCCGGUGUCUUGGGGGGAGCUUAACAAUGAUUUUCUGUCUGAAGUAGUUUAAAUUAAUUUCGGAUGGGAAUUAUCGGAUUGGCGAAUCUUUCGAUUUUUACUGUAUUUCAUGUUGAAUUUCUACUCAAUUUCUCGAACUGAAAUCAGAGGUUACAAUUGAUUUUUUUGUUAUUUGUUUGGCGGGGUAAGUUAGGCUUCGGUGGUUCUGAGUUUUUUCAAAAUUCCUAUCUCUAGGGUUCGUGAUUUGAGGAGUGAACUGAUUGGUACUCGAUCAUGUAGUUCUAUGCAGUUUGCCUCCAAUUCUAGUUUUAUGAAGCUUAUUGACUUCUUCAACGGAUUUAGAGUUUGUUUAUAGGCAUGGCUAGAAUUUGUUUGUAAAUGUUUGAAGACUUUAAUUUCUGCUUGUAAUGUUGCUGCCUGAUGUCCUGAUGGAUUAUGUCAAUUUUUGUCCCCAGUUUGUUUCUUAUCUUAUAAAUUCCAAUGGCGUUGGAAACUCGGAAUUGUCCAAUCCAUCAAGAUCCUGUGGGUAGGAUGCUACAAGCAAUGUCCACCAGAAGCCAAGAGCAAAUAGUAAAUGCUAUGGUGCCGACAAAUGCAACCCUGUUUUCUGUGAAAGAUCCGUUGGACACCAGAAGUUCGUCAAAUUCCAAAAUGCUUUCUGCAACAUCUUCCAUUCAAGUGGGAAACUUUGUCUCACAGGCUAAACAGCGGUCGGUUAGCCCAAAGAAGUCUAGAAAAGCCCCAAAGUCCUCACCAUCUCCUUCAAGUAAAAAGCGCAAAGUUUCUGGGGCACGUUCUGAUGGAAGCAGUGAAAAAUUUGAUGAUGUCUUAGCUGUUAGUGGUAUUGAUCUCAUGAAGGAGGAGCAAGCAUUACAGCCAGCACCAUCAGCAGGUAUCCAUGAUUCAGUUAAAACUGGACAGGUUGUCCAAGAAGUAGAAGACAGGCUGUUUUUGGAGAAGAUUCCUCUUCGACUGAAAUUGGAACAAAUUGUGCAAAAAUCUGGUUUAAAGAGUAGUGGCAAAGAUGUGGACCUGUGCUUGUCUUUGUGCACGGAACAUUUUCUGAUGGGGCUGGUAGCUAAAAUCAUCAAAAUGUCAAAUCAGCGCUCUGGUAAAGAGAAGGGUAGACACAAUAUGAUUGUCACAUCAGAUGUCAAUCAACAAAUCAUGUUGCUCAAGCAAAAGAGUUCAGAAGAACUGGAGAAGACACAAACAGAACCAGGGAUAUUCCAAAAUGUGAAAGAAGCGAACAAAGGAGGAACGGAAAAGAGGUCAAUGAAAGGAACGAUGAAUAUUGACGAAACAAAUUCUGCCAUCAGGGCUGCUUUGGGAGAUGACGACAUGCUAUUUAGGUGGAAAAGGUUGCAGUCCAGGCAAAAAAAUGUAAGUGGACUUAAAGCGGGUUGUGUCUUGCAGCCUGAAAAAGAUGCAGACCAGAAGCUGUCAUCAACAGAUAAUGUAAGGAAUGAGCAAGAAGCGGAACAAAGUGGCAACUCUGCUGCAUCUACAGCACCGGUAGAGGAUGCAAAAGCAGGACAAAUUGACGUUUCUGGUCGAGAAUCAUCAAUGGCUCGCACCAUAUCUCUAAAGGAUGUGAUUGCUGUUCUAGAAAGGGAGUUCCAAUUGUUGAAAUCACCUCUUCUGUAUCGCUUUCCAUUAAAUUCAGGAGGCAUUCCGAACAUUGUUCAGCUUCCUGGUAAGAUGGUUGCCACUGUGACUGGGCCGGAUAUCUCCCGCUGCCGUUCAUUACUGUCUGAAUUGGAACAGAAGUGCACAGCAUGGCAAAAGGAUCAUCUCGAUAUAAUUACCGCUGCAAAGGCAGCACAAUUGAUGGUUGAUACUCUGGCUUCCUGCUGUGAAGUAGGACUGAUCGCAGGGUGGGACAGUGGAAUGUCUCCGGCCUUGUAUCGCGUUGACAGUACAGGGAUCCUUAUUAAAGGUGAAAAAUUGGUCUCGGGAUCUGAUGUUGCACAUGCAUAUGAUGUUCUUAAUGACGUGGGUGAUUUGGCUGGAGAGGAGGAGAUUGACAUCCCAGGAAUUCCUCUUCCGCCUCCUUUGGAUAUGCCUUUUUCGUGCGACAGGAAGUACAAGGACUGGUCUUCUUGGUCUGGCAUGGUAGCUGCAUUUUGGGCCAAAAGAGUGAUUUGUGAUGUUGCAUCUAAUUCUGCUGAAGGUCUUCCAUUAGCGACUGUGUUACUACUUGGACGCUUCAGUGGUACGAUCUAUGUUAAAAGCGUGUAUGAAGGCGUAAAUGUGACGGACUUCAUGGACAAAAAUGAGUUAUGGUACUCAAAACCUGUGAGAAUGGGGUCCUUUGAUGACAUGACCCGCGGCCAAGGAGAUACUCAUUUGGUUACAUGA